AUAUCGUUGAUUGGCAAAAUCGCCUAGAGGAAGCAUAUUUAUUUUGAUCGUUAAUUUUUGUCCUUUCGUUUGAUUUAAAUGGAGCUGAGACUGGACAUGGUGACCCUGUGCAGAACCUGCCUGCAGGAUGGUGAGGCUCACAUGGUCUCCAUUUACGAUGCGGAUGACAAACUUCUCAGCGGCAUUUCACUCUGCGAGAAAAUCGAAAGCUUGAGCGGAAUUCAGAUAAAACCGACGGAGGACCUACCCACCAGGAUCUGCUCCAGAUGCAAGGCCUUUCUUACCCUGGCGCACAAAUUCCGUCAGAUUUGCCAGCGCUCCAACGAAUUUCUCAAAAAAUAUGUGGUCAAAGAUGGACCACAUCAGGUGGAAAAGGAUGUGGUGGAGCAAGUGGAUCCAAUUUCGAAACUUACUCCACCGCCUACUGUGGAAACGGAGCAGUACGAACAACUGGAGGUGGAGGUGCUGGAGGAGGGAGCUUGGGCCACGGAAGAUCUAGUCGAGGAGACUCCACCGCCAGCGGCGGAGAUGGAAAAACCAAUGGUUCUGGACGUGCAAACGGUUCCUGUCCCAGAUUCUGCUCCUAGUCCUGCACCUGAUCCUACUCCUGCUCCUGCAGUCAUUGGAAAACUUUAUGUAUGCGACAUCUGUGGCAAUGGAUAUCCCAGGAAGAGCACAUUGGACACCCACAUGAGAAGGCACAAUAAUGAGAAGCCCUACGAAUGUGAGAUCUGCCACAAGUGCUUUUACGUCAACUACCAAUUGAAGCGCCACAUCCGCCAGCAUACGGGAGCAAAGCCAUACACCUGCCAAUAUUGCCAGCGCAGCUUCGCAGAUCGCACUUCACUGGUCAAGCACGAAAGAACUCAUCGAAAUGAGCGUCCUUAUUCUUGCCAGACCUGCGGAAAAACGUUUACCUACGCCAGUGUCCUUAAGGUUCACUACAAAACCCACACGGGAGAGAAACCUCACACGUGUCGUCUCUGCGGCAAGAGCUUUGCUCGUAUUCACAAUCUGGUGGCCCACCUGCAAACCCAACAGCAUCUAAAUGAUCCACGGUUAGGUGCCUAUCUUAAUACGAUUAAAGUGGGAAAUAUUGCAGCUAUUGUUUGAAAAAAAAACAAUCCUUAUCGCAGCCCAUUUCGCAGAAAUAGGAAUACAUUUAAAAUAAAAAGACACUUUUUUAAAGUCUGAUACUAAGCUG